AUGAGCGAUUAUCUUAUUCUCAAUCAUCUGCCCAUCAUGCUCGAUUCUCUUGUUGUCCUGGCUCUUGCCAGCCUUUCCAUCGCCUCGCCAACUUUGGAGAAGCGAGCCAUCACAUGUCUCAAAGUUGGCCAAACAGCGACUGCUUCGUGGACCAAUAGUGGUGGGAAGAAAUGUACUUUCACGGGUGUUGUUGGCAGCAACUACGGCACCAAUCCUUCCGGAUCAGGAGAGUGA